UGUUUCUAUUACUUUUACAAAUUAGUUUUUAUUUUCAAUAAAUUUUAAACAUUAAUUGUUAAAAUUUCCAUCUCGGAUUCUUCUGUAACCUUGUAUCUGUCUUUCCAAUAUAACGCCCAAAUGGUACAAAACUUUGCCAGUAUGGCAAAAGUUAUUGAAGCCAGCACUGGUAAAUUAUUAAUUUCUGCCUUCUUUGUGUUUUCUAUUCUUAUUUUGUUUUUGUUCUUGUAGUAAUCUCUUGGCAUAUAAGGAUGAAAUAUAGGUAUGUCUUCCCUUGAUGGGUGGUCGAUGAUCCUCGGUAAAGAUACCUGUAGUUUUCACACAUUUGUUUUUGUUUUUUUCUUAUUUCAAAAUAAAUAUUGUAAGGAUUUAACAAAACAUACCCAAACAUCAGGAUAUUUUUUUCCAAUUUUUCUUUCAACAUUUUUUAGAAAUGGAUUCCAGGGAAUAGUAAGCAAAUUCAAACUUUCCCAUGGUAAAUCUUCACCUUCAAAAAUAUCGUUGUAUCGAUGUUUGAGGUUUCUGUAUUUAUCCUCAAGGUACAUGUGUGGUCCAUUGUAAUUGGGACAUUUUUCUUUUUCAUUGACAUCAGCCUGAAAUUAUAAAAGCAAAUUAAUAAAUUAAAUUAACAUUUACAUAGUUUAUCGGUAUAAAAUAAAUAAUGGUUACUUGUUUGAUUCUGUUCAUGUAUACUAUAAAAAGUGAUGGAUGGUUGCCUGUGAUGAUAAAGUGAGAUGAUAUUUUAUCUGAGAUCAAUUACGGUCAAUAUAUUUUUAUAAUAAUAAAUAAACCAAUUGUUACCACGAUUUCUUUUCUGUCCACCUUCAGAACUUUAGCAAUUAUUGUGUCUCUAAUGAAAUUAAUGAAAAAUAGACAUGCUGCUUCUCUAGGCAUGGAUGGUAGUUU